CUACACACGGCUGGGGCGUCUGCCUGGGAUGCUGUGGCCGUUUCUUUGUUCCGUUCGAUGCUGGGGUUUGCUGGAGUAUUACUGUAACACAUCACCAAAAUGAGUGACAAGGAAGACCAAGAAGAUCCAGCAGAUAUGGGUGAUUUAACAGAAAGUGGAGAAUAUGAAGAUGAUUUUGAAAAAGACCUCGAAUGCCUAAUUAAUGAAGAAGAAAAAGAAAACCUUGGUGAAAGAGAGAAUCCUGAAAAAAAUGAAGAGGAUAUUGAAGCACAAAUUAUUAAAGUUGCGGCCAGCUUUGAGGAAGACAAUGAGGAAAUGGAAGAAAAUCCAGAUCAGCUUUCAGAGGCAGAUGUAGAUGCAAAAGUGAGACCCUCCAAUGAAGAAAGUUUGGAAUCCAGGUCUGAUAUGAAACAGGGGGACCGUGUAUCUGAUACUGAUAGUGAAAGCUCUAUCCAAGAAUCCAGGCUGGAAAACCAGCAGGAACUGGAUGAAGAGGAGGAUGAAGAAAUAAAGCGUUACAUCUUGGAAAAGAUUGAAGAAGCCAACAAACUGCUGGAGAAUCAGGCUCCUGUGGAUCAGAACAGAGAACGGAAAUUAAAAUUUAAGGAUAAGUUGGUGGAUCUUGAAGUUCCUCCUCUAGAAGAUGCUGAAGUUUGUAAAACUGACCUUGCAAGAGGAGAUGAUGUUUCAAAUAGGCUAUCUCGGUUGCAUAUUUCUAAUGAAAUGGGUCAGGAAAGCACAUCACUUUCACCAUGUGCUGGCAAGGAUGAGGAAAAGAAGGAUGGUAAAAUCCUAGUGGAAAAAGAUGGGAAGUUUGAACUCUUAAGUUUACGUGAUAUUGAAAGUCAGGGCUUUUUGCCCCCAAUAAGUGUUUCUUUUACUGAUAUUGAAACUCAACAAAUGUCUCCAAAAUCUUCACACUACGGUCCUUUUGGCACUGUCUCUCCAGUGAAGGAAGUACCUCCAGUAAGACCAGGAGCACAUUCUUUUUCUCCUGGUGGAGAAGAGUGUGUGUAUUUCCCUAAGCCUCCAUCUAACCCUAAGCGUCGUCCAAAUUCUGCUAUCAAUGCUGCAAGAGGUUUGGGAAAACGGAAGACUCCGCAGAGGGCGCAGUCUGCAAAUGUGCCCGUGAGAAGCUCCACUUACUGCCUUUCUCCCAGACAAAAAGAAUUGCGGAAGCAGUUAGAGCAAAGGAAGGAAAAACUGAGGAAAGAGGAAGAAGAAAGGAAAAGGGAACAAGAAGAACAGAAGAGAAGAGAGAAUGAGAUGGUUUUUAAAGCUUGGUUACAGAAGAAGAAAGAACAAGUGCAAGAAGAAAAGCGAAUUCGUCGUGCAAAGGAGCUAGAAGACUUGAACAGCAAAGAAAGGAGCAGGAAUCCAGAAGAAGCCUUCAAGUUAUGGCUUAAAAAAAAGCACCAAGAACACAUGAAAGAAAAACAGAUAGAAGUUUUGAGACAUCAAGCUGAGGGAAUUGCCUUUUUUCCAAGAACAGAGGAAUGCAACAGAGCCUUUAAAGAAUGGCUAAAAAGAAAGAGAGAAGAAAAACGCGCAGAAGAACUAGCUGCUAAAGAGAGAGCAAGGCAGCUUAGGUUAGAAGCCAGAAGAGCAAAACAGAUGCAGAACAUCCACUGUAUUAGUUCAGAGCCAAAAUCCUUUCGCUUCACAGACCAUUACAGUUGA